UGUGGUGGUGGUGUGUGUGUGUGCGUGUGCGUGUGUGUGUGCGCGUAGUAUUGUUGUACAUCCUUAUGGACGAGAUGAAGCCAGGAAUGCAAUGGACAUGGUAUUUAUUCAAUAGAGACGUAAAAGCCUUUUAAGGACCUGUUGUGUAUCUCAGUAAUCUGGCAACGGCAGCUGCUAUGAGACUACCCUUGAAAAAAUGGACUACUCCAGAACCAUUCGUUUUGCUCAGAGGUUAUUUCCGGUCAGAAUACAUUUAUUCCGCGCGUGUUCUUAUUCAUAAAUUUGAAUCAAACUGCGUGACUCUUAUUUUACAGUAGUGGGGGUGGGUGGCGAGAGGAGAUUUCUUUUUAGAUUAGAUUUCACAUGAGUAAAUGCCAACCCCCUGCGUGCACGGAGAGUAGUCGAGCGAGAAUUCUAUAGCACUGUAUCGAGUUCGCUCAUAGCGCACGUACAGUGGGGUUUUGUGGUGUAAAUGAUACCAUGCGCAUUUAACUGUACUGUAUUGAUUGUGUCCCUCUGCUUUAUGGGAUGUCAUUUGUAGAAUGUUGUACAUUCUAUAAUCCUGCUCAGUUUUUGCACAUUUAGCAAUUGUCCAUUUUCAAAUGUCACUUUAAAAAAAGGUGUACUAUAUGCAGGAUUUGUACGUUUAAAUAUUAUAAAUUAACCACGCUGAGGUACAUCUAUGAUGCACUGGAAAUCUCUGUCCUUAUGCACAAAUUGUCCAAUUUGUACACCUUUACCUGUAUUUGUUACUCUAAAAUGUGUUUGGGAUGUUUUAGGGUGUGGCUCUCUCUUCUGUUUGGGGAGGGGUGGGUGUGGCUACAGGGCCUGGGGAUCCGAUUUGUGGGUUGUGGCAGCUAGCAAGUGGCUGCCAUGGCCCAGAUACAAAAUGCAGUUACAGCUGUAGUUACAGUUACAGCUGUUUUUUUUCCCCCAACGAUGGUAUUUCUCAAUAUAAUUGUGUCGCUGUGGUAACACAUUUCUAGCCUUGUGGGUCAGGGACUCUUCAAGGAGAAAUAGGUAGGGAAGGAGAAAUGUUAUUAAGGGACAGUGCUGCAGAUAUUGCCUAUGUCAAAAGUGCUGCGAUGGAAACGGCGAUGGAUUUGCUUAGCAGUCACAUCUGUCCAGAAUGUAAAGUCAGGCAUUCUUCAUGUUUCAGGAUGCCCACUCAAAAUGGAGCCUUCCACAGUGGUGGUGAGAUAUGGAGAUCCGGUAUCGGUGAACUGCACUGUUUCAGGAAAACAUGAGGGAAUCGGCUGGGAGGCUUCAGAGGGAUCUGUUGACAUGGUAUCAGACGUUAACGUAAAGUUUGUCACCUGGAGUUUGGAGACCCUGACAGACUGGGAGAUAAGCCCUAAAUGCUUCGGGAACUUUCUAAUCAAUGCAGAACAUGAUCAGUGUGAUAAAAGGCUCAACAUUACAGUGUACAAGCCUCCAGACAGUGUCUCCAUCAGUGCUGUGAACCACACAGGCCCAAUGCUGGAGGGGGAACAUUACCAGCUACAGUGUGAGGUCCAGAACAUCGCUCCUGUUCAGUACCUCACUGUGAAGUGGUACAAAGGGGAAACAUUAGAGAAUCAAACUUCCUAUGAUGCUCUCACUAAGACUCCAGUGAAUGUUUCCUCUACCCUCCUGAUCACACCCACCAGCACUGAUGAUGGAGCGCAGUACAGCUGUGUGGCAGAGCUGGAACUGGGACCUGAAGGACCACAACCCCCCCCUGAAGUGAAAUCUGAUCCCUUCAACAUGAUUGUGCACUACCUCCCCUUCUUCAGCGAUGAUGAUGAUGAUGAGACCUUGGAGGUUACAGAGGGGGAAGGGGUCCCGUUAAGAUGCUCCGCCCAGGGGAACCCCCUUCCUGCGUACUCCUGGUCCUCUCCUCUCGACGAAGAAGAGAAGACGAGUGAGAUACAAAUCACCAGCGCCUCUCUGACCCCCGGUACCCACGUCUACACCUGCACUGCCUCCAACCAACUAGGACUGCAGAGCAAGAACUUCACUGUCAAAGUCAUCCCCCAAGGUGACCAGACUGUGCUGUGGACGGUGAUUGGCAUAGGCCUGGCCGUGGCCGUGUUCCUUAUCCUUGGCUACCUCUACUACAAAUCAAGGGAUGGUGCGAAUUCCAUCAUCUGAGCACACAGGAAGUGUCACUCAAAGCCCAGAAGGUGGGACUUCCUCUUGUGAGAGAGAAUGGCUACAUGUGGGACUCAAUUAAAAAAAAAAUAUAUUAUGAUCAUGACUGAAAGUGCCUUGGGGAAUCUGUAGUGAUGAGUACUCAUGAUGGGGGAAAACGACAGCGACCAGUAAACACUGUAUAUGAUUUGUUUGAACGAAAGGGCCACUCUCCCAUACAAACACAACGAUUGGGUCAAAUUCAUGUGCAGCUGAACAAGUGUCUCCGCCCAUUUUUGGUUUUAUGAAGCCUCUGAAGUCACUUUGAAAGUGGGGCAUUCUUAAAUAUUCAGGGUUCUGUGUGGAGAGAGAGCUGGGGGGGGGCAUAAUGGUACAGGGUAGGCAGAGAAUAAGGGGGAGGGGCAUAAUUAUACAGGAUGACUGUGGGAAGGGGUCUUAAGAUGCAUGGGGCUUUCACCAAAGAGUGCCUUGGAGAAUCAUGCAGCUGGUGGGUAGGGCAGGGAGUUUGGGGGGGGGGGGGCGGAGGUGUACAUGAACAUGCACUGUUAUAACUGACAUAAUUUGCUUGCAAUUUCUAGUUUAUUUAAAACAUACAUUACAUUACAUUGGAUUUACCUCAGCAUACCUCGGUACAUUGUCCCUUUUGCAUGGUACACUGCUCUGGUUGGACAGACAAUUGCCCUAACUGGACUGCCUGAAAAACUGAUUUAGAGGUAGUACAGCCCUGGUUGGAAAAUGCGUAGUCCUGACUCAGGAUCAAACAGCGAAACUGAUUAGUUCACUGGCUUGGGCACUCAGCUAGUCCUGGACAAAUCCAGCAACAAAUCUUUGUUGCUGGAAAGUGAAUGAAGGCUUGCAGUUCUACCUUUUCAGAAUUUUCCCUUACUUGGGGAAGGGUAGGUGCUAAUAAGGCUUUCCAUCUAUAGUGGAGAAGUUUACCGAAAAAAAAAAUUCUGCUGCAAUUCCAACCUUGGCUGUGGAUUCAGAUGUCCCUGCACAUGUGUUACAUGUGUCUACUGCAUGCAUGCUUGAAUUUGUUUUCAGUUGUUUUUAACAGAAGGUUUGUUUGCUGACCUUCACAAAUUGCCGUUUUAUGAACUUGCAGUCUUUCAGGCUGCUUCUCGACAAGGUAAACGGCGUGUUUGGAGUGUGAUUUCCAAAGUGCACUCUACCAAAUAUCUCCUGUGCAAUGUUUAUGCAUUUUGCCGACAGUGGUGGCUAGUAGCUGUGUCCAUUUCAUUAUUUUCAUAUAUAUUACAUUACAUUACACUACAGGCAUUUGGCAGACGCUCUUAUCCAGAGCGACGUACAAAAAAGUGUAUAACCAAAACCGGGAACAAGUGUGUUGAAAGCCCUAGAGGGAAGUACAGUUCCAAGUGCAGCGAACGACAGCGUAGUUUGACUUGGACCCUGUAGGUUAUUCUGAUUAACGCAAACAGAAGCAGCAACAAAGCAGCUUACGCAAAUAAUGCAAUGGAUGAAUGGCAGGCUGAGAAGCUGACUUGUUACAGCUGUCAUCAUGAAAACUGUAAACGUGCAGUGAUGUCACAGAAAUGGACAUAUCAGCAUUGUCCUGGCUGGCGGAACACCGUCAUUGAUAGGGCCACCUGUUUGUCUUCAGUCCUCCGCCAGCUAGAGGGCGCAAUAGCCUCUUUGAAAUACAAGUUUAAAUCCCUGCAGGUCACAUGCUUGAGACAACCUGGUGGCCCUAGUCAUUGAUAAUGUUCAGGGGUCACUGAUAUAAUUGUUCGACUGAACCACAUGCAAUAAUUAGUGCUUUACUUUAUGUUUUUAUGUGUGCGAUUUCCAAUAUUGUAAAACGGUUUUAAUGAAUACUUUCAGGUACUAUUAACUGUUUGUAACUGUUUGUAUGUGUACAUCAUGCCCAAGUAUGCAUUUGUCUGCAAAUAAAAUAAAAUAAAAAUGGUUCAAACACG